CUUGCUGAACAUUGGCAAAAACCGAAGAAAAGAAAAAAAGAGAGCGAGAAAGAAAAGGUUUUUCUGUCCCAGCUGAGAAGAAGUCUGCAAAAUUGAGAAUUUAGCAAAUUUCCUGAAGUCGUUGCGUUUGUUUGGAAACUAGUCAAACAAAGCAGCCAGUUGGAGACGCUGAUGCCCAAAGAUGAGACCCGGAGGGAGUUUUUUCUGGUCCUCAGGUGGAGCAGAGUCCGGUAGGUUGCGCGUCUCUCGGUCACCUUCUGAAAUAAUGACUUAUGAGAACGUGCGCGUCCCGCCGGCGCGCGUGUGACUGACUGACCGACAGUGUUUCCGAGAGAGAAAGAGGUUUGAUCUAAGCAGCAGUCAGAAUCAGCAGCAGACUCCUCUCCUCUCCUCUCCUCUCCUCAGACCCAUGCAGGAUGCCCGGGCAGCGCCGCCGGGGAGCGCUGGUCCAGCUCAGACCGAGUUCAUGACGCUCCGGGCGGCCUCGUGAUGCGUUUGUUGCCCGAGCCCAGCGCCCAUUCCCUUUGGCUUCUCUUCCUUUUUAUCUUCGUGAUGGGGGUGGCCCCCUCUCCGGCACUCACCGCCGGCUGCCCAGACGGAUGCGUGUGCGACGACCAGCUGGUGGUCCAGUGCGCGGGGCAGGAUCUGACUCUGUUUCCCAGCGACCUGCCCCUGGCGACCCGGCAGCUCAUUCUCUCCAACAACCGCAUAGGGGACCUACCGGCCCUCCAGCUCAACUACCUGUCCGACCUGGUUUAUCUAGAUUGUAGCAACAACUCGCUGACAGAAAUCUCCGAGUCCACUUUUGGGAACUUGCGGAAACUCGCGUACUUGGACUUGUCCUUUAACACCCUCCUGCAGAUCGAAGACCGGACUUUCGGGCCUCUGGUGUCUCUGGUGAUGCUCCGGAUGACGGACAAUCCGAGUCUGGGGGAGAUCCACCCGGAUGCUUUUUCGGAGAACUUUGCUCUGCAGGUCCUGGAUGUGAGCAGGAACAACCUGACGGUGCUGAACAUCAGCAACCUGAUCGCCCUGCCUGCGCUGCGCUCCCUGGGCCUCAGUGGGAACCCGUGGAGGUGUGACUGUGACACGGAGGACCUCUGCCUCUGGGUGCAGAUAGAGGGAUUCAAGUUUCAAGAUGAGGGCCAGACAAUUUGCCACAACCCUCCAGAGCUGGUGGGUCAGCGGCUGGCAGAGGUCGGCAUGCAGCUGCGGACAGACUGCCACCAGGGCCUGGGCUACUGGGACUACCUCUUCUUCAUCGCCAUCGGCUUCGUCAUCUUCUCGGCCGGCACCGUUUCGGCUUGGGUGAUGGGCGUGCUCAUGGUGCUGUACGAGCGCUACAGCAAGCGGAAGAGCGAGGAGCUGGACAGCGAGGACGAGGGUGAGAGGGGGCCCAUUAAUGGAAGCGGCGGAGGAGGGGACCAGGGGAACGGGGAUCUGAGCAAACCAAGCAUGGAGGUGUGACAGACUAGUGUGGAGAAGAGCCUGAAAACAUUACUUGAAAUGAAGAUGAGAGAACAGACAGAAACGGAGGCGAAAGCAGCCUCCCCUUUGAACUGACAUCUGCUCGUCUCUUCUAGUUGCAGAUUUAGAUUUCGCAAAUGCUCUUUAACAUCAUGAAAAGUGUGUAUUCAGCUGUGUGUUUGAGAGAGAAACAAUCAGAGACAGCAAUAAGGAUGCCUUCAAGUCAGGAGAAGAGAGUGACCUCUGAGAUUAUUGAGAGCAAUAACCCUGCACAUUCAACCACAAGUUCCUGCAUAUGAUGUAAAGUGCUCUUUACCAACACCUUGUGUGAGUGGCACAUUCAAGCACACACUUACAGUUCAUUCAGAAAAUAAUGGGUAGGGGUCCUAAAAAAGACAGAUGCCUUAAAUCUGCCACAGUGGAAAUACAAAACCGUAUUUAUAUUAAUAUUUCAUUGCAUUGAAAGAAUGCCCUAAAUGGUUCAAAUUAGCUUUUUUAUUAGUUACAUAACAAAAAGAGUAGUGUAAAUGUACUUAAAUGACAGUAAUUACAGCUCACUGAAUUACAUCAGAAAGUUCAGGUUAUGGUUGCAAAGGGUUUCAAUUUCAGAAUUUUAUCAAAACACGUCAUAUGCAAUUCUUUUUGCAAAAGGCAAAUUGACAAAAAUGGCAUUUGAAUAUUUUUUGCAGGUAAAAAAUAAAAAAUUCUGAUUAAGCUAAAUGCCUUUUAAAAUCUUUGGAAAGUUUCCAAACUUAAAAAAAUGACUGAAAUUUGAAACCCUAAUUUUUUCCUUCAAAGGGACAUUGUAUUUUUUAUUUAU